GUGUCAAAAUAGAAUUUCUCUGUUGUUUCUCUCUCUACAGUCCAGUUAAGAGAGAGAAAGAGAGAGAUUCUUGAUGGAGAGAGAUAGCAAGAAAGAAGCAAGAAACUACGUAUGGGAAGGAGCGAUCCCUCUUCAAAUUCAUCUUCACCAAUCUGAAGUGACUACGCUUCCUUCUCCUCCUCCUGCUCUCAUAUUGGCUCCCCGGAUUGGAUAUCUACCCCUUUUGGUUCCGCAAGUCAAGCCUUUCUUUAGUAGUGCACUUCCUCCAGGGGUUGACACUGUAUGGUUUGACUACAAAGGACUACCCCUCAAAUGGUAUAUUCCAACAGGAGUCCUUUUUGAUCUUCUAUGUGCGGAGCCAGAAAGACCGUGGAAUCUAACAGUUCAUUUCAGAGGAUAUCCGGCAAAUAUUUUGACACCUUGUGAAAAUGAAGAUAGUGUAAAGUGGAGUUAUAUUAAUUCACUGAAAGAGGCGGCAUAUAUAUUCCACGGGAACUGUAAGAAUGUCAUGAAUAUGUCACAAGCUGAUCAGUUUGAACUUUGGCAAUCUGUUAUGAAUGCAGGUAACUUGGAAUCCUACCUUCGAGUUUCAUCAAAGCUUAAAUUUGGAAUAUUUGGAGACACUUUUUCCUUGAGAUUGAACUCAUCAUCUGUUAAAUCUCGUGAAAGAGCGGAACUAGAUGCUGCUGGUACAGUAACAUCAGGUAGAAUUCCAGUCCGGUUAUAUGUUUGGAGCAUUCAAGAGGAUUUUGACAAUCUCGAAGAUGCACCUUCUUUUGACAGCUGGGAUAAAAUUUCAUACAUAAAUCGACCUGCUGAGAUUCGUGAAGAAGGCAAAUGCUUCAGUUUGGGUGAUGCAAUGAAGAUGCUACUGCCAGAAAUUUUUGGAGACAAGGCCUCGGCAAGUGGUGAUAUAUCUAAAACAGAAGUUGAGGAUUAUUUGAAAUUGAAUCCAGAAGAAGCGAGCAACAUAGAAGGCACAAAAGUGAUGGCAGAAAGUAAAGAUGUGGAAUCCUGCAACCUAUCAAAAUCUGCUGAGAUCAAACUUCUUCGUAUCCAAGGGAUUGAACCAAAGUUGGAGAUUCCUUUUACUUGGCUGGCAAACAACUUAAUGAACCCUGACCAUUUCCUUCACAUUUGUGUUUAUGUCAAAGUUCCGGAACUAACCACCAUAUAACAAGUAGUAAUAGUAUUGAAUGAAUACUUCCCCUUUACUCAGGGGACCAGUAUAUUAGAUACACUAAGGCAUGUCUUUUUUACUGUAUAGAAUUGUACAGAUAGUUUAAUUGUCAGUGGUUUCAUCGCAUUCUUUCCCAUAGUUUAGUCAAACCAACUAGAUCCAGUACUGCUUGUAAUUGAAAACAUCAUCUCAUGUUCAUGAUAACUCAGAUAUAUGAGCUUGCAUUCUAUAUUUUGAAGUGUUGGUAUUCUAUAUAUUUGCAGAAUUUGUGCA